AUGGCCGACGCUGCCUCUGCGGUUGCCCACGCACCACGCGCGCCGGACCUGGAGUCGCAAGCGAUGCGCAUCCCCAAAAGCGCCUCGGAGCACGCCUUGCCGGAGGACCGGUAUUACGGCCAUCGCAUCAUGUCGGAGGUGGCAGAGCGCAUGCUCAUGGACAUGUUCGCCUGCUCUCGAGACUCGAUGGCCGCGACCGUGGAGGCCCCGUCCGCAGACAGGACGGUCGCGCCGCGCCUGUCCUACUUCAUCGCCUACGCCCUGUACCGCACGAAGCUUCCCAUGGCGGUCAUGUACUCGGCCCUGCUGCUCCUCAAGCGGCUCAAGACACGAUUCCCGGUGGCGCGCGGCUCCUCGGGCCACCGGCUGUUCAUCUCCGCCUACAUGCUGGCUUGCAAAACGCUAUGCGAUGACUCGUACAACAACAAGAGCUGGGUGAUCGUGGGGCAGAACUUGUUCAGCCUGCGCGAGAUCAACCAGAUGGAGCGCGAGCUCUUUGGCUACCUGGACCUGCACCUGCGCAUCUUGCCCGACGAAAUGGUCCAGUUUGCAGCUGAACUCGAAAGGUACGGCGCACCGGCGGUGACACUGGAGGAUCUGAAGCGCACACGCUUCCCGGUGCCCUCGACCAGCCCAAGUGCUCCGCGCACGCCGCCUCGAACCGGGUCGCACUCCCAUGCGCGCCGCAAGACGCACCGUCGGUGCAUGUCGCUCAAGCCCGACUACUGGACGCAUCCCUCUCAGGCGGCCAUCUCGGCCGCCACCACGACGCGGCACCACCGCUCCGAGAGCUCGGAGUGGAGCGCCACGGGCCUGCAGCGCUCAGCCCGUGCGCAUCUGCGCUCGUCGAUGCCCGCGCAGCGCUCGGUGUCUGCCUCCGUGGGCAGUGCCCCGUCCGCCGUGCCCUACACCCCCACAUACACACACAGGGCGGAACCGCAAGCCAGUCCAUCACAUCCGCUGUGGUCCUUCUUCUACACGACCAACAAUGCAUCGGCCUUGUCCAUGGCCACCCCCAACUCGAUGGCGUCCAGCCUUCGGCCCACGCCUUCAACAUCACUCUCUGAACUGUCCCUCAACAGCCCAAUUUCGAAUUUGUAUGCGCCCGCGCCGCCCAUGCCCGGGCACUAUGGGCUGGAGGUUCCGGCCAAGCAGGUACCGGCGUACGAAGUCAAUGAGUCUUUCCGUAUGCCAGCCCUGCCGAGCGCGAUGCCGCCGCCCUAA